UUAAAUCUUGAUUCUGAUUGAGUAGGACUUCUUUAUUGAUUCUAGCUCGGAAUGACAGUUACAGUUUUAGUUUGGAUAUUCUAAAUUGCUACCCUUUUACUGUAUUGGUUUUGACUUUUUAUGGUGUGUGAGUAGGAUUCUGUUGUGUGGCUUGGAAGGGUCUGGAGAGCAUAGUGUUUGAGUGGUGACUUUGUGGGUAAUGGGUUGGCAGAACCAUUGUGAUGAGAUGUGCUUGACAGUUUUGUCUUGGCCAGAAUGGGAAGGAGAAAGAUCCACAUGGAGGCCUCUGACAGAUUGAAUUUCACUUGUUUGUUUGGUGGGGAGGGAGAUUAGGAAUUUAAUGGGACAAAGGCACUGAAAGUAGCAUAUUCAAUGGGACGGCAACUGUUCUUGUUUGGUUACUUCAUUUUUUGGUUUUUACUUUAUUCUAUGGGUCUCUUCUAGACUCGGGGAUCAGAGGUUCUUAUCUGGUCUGUUUGAAGGGAACAACAGAGAAAUUUGCUACCUACUCUUAGAUGUUGAUGCUCAAGGAGAGGGGAAGGGAGAAACGUCGCAAUUCCAAGAUUUGAGUUGAAGGAUCCAGCAUUCGAAAGAGAGAGUUUUAUGCACAUUGAAUCUAGAACAGAUUGUGAAUUUCGCACAGGUCUUGUUCUGAGAUGGACUGGAACUCGAAAACUACCUCGGAGUGGGACUGGGAGAAAUUAGCAGGGUUCAGUUCUAAGUCAAUUGAUAUUCCAGAAUUGGUACAACCAUCAAAUCAUGAGAUUGAAGGAGAUGGAGGGGUCGAUAAUGGAUCUGUAUAUUCAUCUGGAGGUGGUGGUGGUUUCUCAAGUUCAGAUUUGGGGCAUGGUUCUUCAUCUAGGAGCUCCAUCUCUGCUUCAGCCGAUUCAUCUUCCAAGGAGGGAAGUAAGAGAUAUGGGAUUGUUGAUGGAUUCCCUAAAGAUUUUACUGAGAAAAAAGAAUGGUCCAGGGUGGACAGUACUGAGAAUUAUCCAUCUCUGGGGGCUUCUGUCAGCUCAGGUGAACCAAUAAUUGGUUUGAAGCUUGGCAAACGAACUUAUUUUGAAGACUUGUGUGCGGCAAGCACCACUAAGACAUCAACUAUACCUGUGGUUCCUACAUCCUCAGCUGUUCCCACAAAGAGGUCUAGGGCAUCUUAUCAGAGCACUCAAACCCCACGUUGCCAAGUUGAAGGAUGCAACCUUGACCUAAAGUCAGCUAAAGAUUACCAUCGCAGGCAUAGAAUCUGUGAAUGCCACUCAAAAAGCCCAAAAGUCAUUGUUGCUGGAAUGGAGCGUCGGUUUUGCCAACAGUGCAGCAGGUUCCAUGAACUGUCAGAGUUUGAUGAUAAGAAGAGAAGCUGUCGUAGGCGUCUCUCUGAUCACAAUGCACGGCGACGUAGGCCACAGACGGAGGCAAUCCAGUUUGAUUCUUCUAGACUGUCUUCAUCAUUAUAUGAUGGGAGACAGCAGAUGAAUCUUGUGUUGAAUAGGGUUCCAUUGUCAACUGCAAAUCCAACGUGGUCAAGUGCAUGCAGCUAUAAUAAAGUUACACAUGCCGAAGAUUCUGUAGCUAGACCUACAAAAACCGGCGGCAUUGAUAGGCAGCUGAAAUUGCUCUCAGAUGAGAUGCCAGGUGCUCCUUCUAUGCUACAAACAGAUUCAAUCAAGAUGUUGUCUUUUGAAGGCAGUACGCCUCGAGUCCUUAGUCAAGGCUUAGAGGCAUCUUCAUUUGCGGCUAAUGUUGAUGUAGCACCAGAUGUUCGGCGUGCUCUCUCUCUUCUGUCAACGAAUUCAUGGGGUCUGAAUGACUCUGAAGCCAAUGCUCUAGACCAACUCAUGCAUGUAAAUCGAACCAGCAUGGCCCAGCCAGUAGUCCAUGCAGAACUGCAAAACUGGGAACUUUCUUCGUCAGGACACGAGCAGGUCGAGCAACCACCGCCCGAGUCCCGUGUGCAUUCACUAAAUCAACAUAACAAUGCUGGCAUUCAUUUCCAGGAAUUUCAGUUGUUUAAGUCACCUUAUGAGUCUGGCUGCUUUUAUUCCAAUCAAAUCAACUGAUUAUUGGAAACUAGCAUUUCAUGUGAAACCACUGCAAGGCCAGUGGAGCCAUCACUUUUGUAUACAAUUCAUGUUAGUUCUGGUUGUCAGAAUACGGUUAAUGGUUAUGCCCUAUCUUUGAACUUGUUGGGCCUCAUAAUAUCAUGAAUUUCCUUCCUCCCAAAUAUGAUAGAUAAACAAAAGAUUUUCGUUUCAA